UGUGAAAUAUCAGACUUCUUGUGAAAAUUUCUUUCAAAGAAGGGACUUACUUGUAAAAUUCUUUCACUAUAAUUAAACUAACUUAUCAGUCCUCGAACAUUCGUGCUCUCUUUCCUCUCCCAAGUCUGAACCCUAAUACAUCCUCCCCACUCCGCCGUAAGACCUCGAUUCUCAGAUUUGUCUGAUUUGGCAACAUGACAAGGGUUUAUGUCGGGAAUCUGGACCCCCGGGUCACCGAAAGGGAACUCGAAGAUGAAUUCAGGAUCUUUGGCGUCCUUCGCAAUGUUUGGGUAGCUCGUAGGCCACCGGGCUACGCUUUCCUCGAGUUCGAUGACGAAAGAGAUGCUUUGGAUGCAAUCAGGGCUUUGGAUGGGAAGAACGGGUGGCGUGUGGAGCUUUCUCACAAAGAUAAGGGAGGUCGUGGAGGUGGUGGCCGUCGCGGUGGUAUUGAGGACUCCAAGUGCUACGAGUGUGGAGAGCCUGGACAUUUUGCGAGGGAGUGUCGCCGUGGUCGAGGAGGCUAUGGGAGGCGUAGAAGCCCUAGCCCUCGCCGUAGGAGUCCUGAUUAUGGAUAUGGACGCAGGAGCAUCAGCCCUCGUGGAAGAAGGUCUCCUCCAAGGCGUCGCAGUGUGAGUCCACCUCCACCCCGCCGCUACAGCAGAUCCCCACCACCGUAUCGUAGCUCAAGACGUGACUCCCCUCGCCGCAGAGACUCGCCCUAUGGCAGACGUUCACCAUAUGCCAAUGGGUAAGGUGUGAGACUCUUACUGAAGAAGAAGGAACGAUGAGUGUUGCUGUGCCCGUUAGGAUAUGUUUACUAUGCUAUUAGUUCUUCUAGGGUUGGUUGUUGAGCAUGGACUCAGUGGCGUCUUAUUAGACUUUUCUGUGAUUUGGAACUCUCCUUCAAGCUGUUCUCCAACGGCUCUCUGUCUUGUUCUUGUUAUCUUGGACUACUGUCGACCGUCUUGGCUUGCUGUCUUCAGCGUGCUUGAACCCUAAGGUCGUUUUCAUGCUUUAUUUGACUACAAUAUUACU